AUGGCCUCAAAGAUCCACCUGCCAGGCCCAGUGUGCCUCAUUGAGAACAACAGAGAGAAACUGAGGGUUAAUCCAGAAGCCUUGAAGAUGCUGUCUGCCAUUACCCAGCCUGUGGUGGUGGUGGCUAUCGUGGGCCUCUACCGCACGGGCAAAUCCUACCUGAUGAACAAGCUGGCUGGGAAGAACAAGGGCUUCCGUCUGGGCUCCACCGUGAGGUCUGAAACCAAGGGCAUCUGGAUGUGGUGUGUGCCCCACCCCUCCAAGCUGGACCACACCCUAGUCCUUCUCGACACCGAGGGUCUGGGUGACGUGGAAAAGGUUAACCUUAAGAAUGACUGCUGGAUCUUUGCCCUGGCUGUGCUUCUGAGCAGCGCCUUUCUCUACAACAACAUGAACACCAUCAACCACCAGGCCCUGGAGCAGCUGCACUAUGUGACUGAGUUAACAGAGCUAAUUAGGACAAAAUCCUGCCCAGGACUGGAUGAUGUAGAAAACUCCACUGAGUUUGUAAGUUUCUUCCCGGACUUUGUCUGGAUUGUGCGGGAUUUCACCCUGGAGCUGGAAUUAGAUGGACAUCCAAUCACAGAAGAUGAGUACCUGGAGAAUGCCUUGAAGCUGAUUCCAGGUGAGAAUCCCCAAAUCCAAAAUUCCAACAUGCCUAGAGUGUGUAUCAGGCAUUUCUUCCCAAAACGGAAGUGCUUUGUCUUUGACUGGCCAACAAGUGACAAAAAACUCUUACAACAUAUAGAAGAAGUGCCAGAAGACCAGCUACAUCAUAAUUUCCAGGAACAAUCAAGAAAUUUCUGUUCAUAUAUCUUCACCCAUGCAAAGACCAAGAGGCUAAGAGAGGGGAUCCUUGUCACUGGAAGGCGGCUGGGGACCCUGGUGGUGACCUACGUGGAUGCCAUCAACAGUGGAGCAGUGCCUUGUGUGGAGAAUGCAGUGACUACUCUGGCCCAGCUUGAGAACUCGGCAGCUGUGCAGAGGGCAGCCGACCACUACAGCCAGCACAUGGCCCAGCGAGUGAGGCUCCCCACGGACACGCUCCAGGAGCUGCUGGACGUGCACGCGGCCUGUGAGAGGGAAGCCAUUGCAGCCUUCAUGGAGCACUCCUUCAAGGAUGAUGACGGGGAGUUCCAGAAGAAUCUUGCAAUAAAAAUGGAGGAAAAGAUGGAAGAUUUCUUGCAGCAGAAUGAAGAGGCAUCUAAGAAAUAUUGCGAAGCUGAGCUUACGCAUCUUUCACAGCCCCUGAUGGAAAGCAUUUUGAGAGGAACUUUCCAUAUUCCUGGAGGGCACAAGCUCUAUUUAGAAGCAAGGAAAAAGGUUGAAUGGGACUAUGAGCUAGUGCCCAGGAAAGGAGUCAAGGCAAACGAGGUCCUCCAGAGCUUCCUGCAGUCACAGGCAGUUACAGAGGAAUCCAUCCUGCUGUCAGACAAAGCCCUCACUGCUGGAGAGAAGGCCAUAGCAGCGGAGAGGGCCAUGAAGGAGGCAGCUGAGAAGGAAAUGUUGAUGCAAAGACAGAAACAGAAGGAGCUGCAGCAAAUGAUGGAGGCUCAAGAGAGAAGCUUCCGGGAACACAUAGGCCAAAUAGAGAAUAAGAUUGAGAGGGAAAGACAAGACCGUAAGAGAGAAUACGAAAAGAUGUUGGAGCAACAGCUGAAGGUUCACGAAGUUUUGUUUAAUGCAGGAUUUACAGAGAAGUCUAAGGAGAAUAAGAAGGAGAUACAACUACUAACAGAGAAAACUAAACCAACCGAAAAUGAAAAAUACCCAGCACUUCCAGGAAACUUUGAAAUGGUUUACCAAGCUGUUUUACAGUCCUUCAUUAAGAAGCUAAAUCGUAAAGCAUGGAAAUAUUUGGAAUCACUGUUUGAUUAG